AUGAUAGUGUUGGACAGACUCAGUAUUGAGCACUCUCGCAUGAUGGUUGUAUGCUUUACCCUGCUAAGCUAUCCAGAUGACAAUCCAUUUAGAAAUCCUACCUGGGAAGAGAUCAUGGGGAACAGAGACAGAAUGGAGCCGCCUCACAUGCACCGGCCCGGGGUUCAUGAUGAAUUUUUUGGCCCUGGAGGACCUGAAGAUCACUUUACUUCAGUCUUCGGCCAAAUGGACAGUAUGUUUCAGCAGCUGGAUGCUAUGAUGCAAGGGCUACAACAACACCCCGGACAUUUUGUGAUUACAGAGGAGCCAGAAGAUCCAUCAGCAAAGCUAGCACCUCGAGAUUUUAUGCUAAAGGCACCUGACAGUGAUUUGGCAGAGGAAUCAGGUCUUCCUCAGGACAGACCUUUUGAAGGGGAGAGGCAUGAUGGACACAAGCACUGGGGUCCUCAUGGCUUCAGUGGUGGUUUCGGAGGCUUUGGAGGCUUCCAUGGAGGUAUACAUGGAGGCUUGAACGACCCAUUCGACAUGAUGGAGGAAUUUUUCCAUAACUUUGGGAGACAUUUUGGAGGGUCGCCUUUUGAAGGACCGCAGGGUGGUGGUCCUCCAGUGCUACCAGGGCCAGGCAUGGAUCAUUCUGACAGCAGUAGGGAUUCAGUGCUAAAGGAGGAUUCUGAUCUUGAUGACAGGGUCUCGGGUGGCCUUUCUCAGCUGCUAAAAGAAGGACCGCGAUACGACUCCCUUAAUCCACCUGCAGGAAACACGCCUCUUGGUCCUCCAGACGGCCUACAGCUUCAGCCUGGGAUUCAACACAGGUUCCACUCAUCCACUAUUACCCGAAUUCGAAGACCUGACGGGUCCAUUGAAGAGACAAGAAAGUACCGCGACAGCACAGGUCGGGAGGAAGAGACUGUCACCCACUACCAGCCAGAAGCAGAAACCUCUCCAGGAAGCCUCCUAAAGCCAGGGCCAGGAGGGACAGCGGAUGGACAGGAGGGGGGCCAGCACCCUAUUUCUGGGCCGUCGAUCUUUUCGUGGCUCUUCACGCGAUAGAUGAUUUAUUGACAGCUAUCUUGGUUUUCGCACUUUAAAAUAAUAUAUCUAUAUAUUACGAGUGUUCUGAAAUGGUCUCUUUAAUAUAGUAUAUAUACAUGAAGCAGUCAUCUUUGAUUAAUGUGUGAUUGCAUAAAAAAAGAAAGUAUAUGCAGUUUAAUCUUUUAUAUUUUACUUUUUUUCUUCAGUCUUCUUGGCAUAAAGAUUUACAUAUGAAUUCUGAAUGUAAAGGGAAGUCUAUAUGGCUCUGUAUAAACCAGUGAUGAAAGCUGUGGAAAAGUAUGUCUUUUGAGUGUUUGUUUUAGAACAUUAGACAACUUUCUGGAUUUCUAUGAUUUAUGUUUAUAACAACACUAGUGUGAAUAUAUCAAAAUAAGUGUUUUAUUUAUUUAUUAUUUUUUUGUUUAGAACCUCUUUUAUGUGAAAGAUGUAAUUAGUUGGUGGUUUUCUUGCUAAUAAGGGUGUAUCUAUAGUAAUGAGAUGGGGAUGAGUGUAAAAAGAAAUAUCUUUUAUUAAUAAAUUGUAAUAAAUAUA